AAUAUUUUGGUGAAAAUAACAAUGUCUGAAUGCAUGAGCAACUGAAUCUUCGCCCUUCACUGUUCCAGGUUCACAUAAAAAAAUGGAAAAAAAUCUUAAAAAAAAAUAAAUGGAUGAAAAGAAGUAGGAUACAAAAAGUAAAAAGCAGUGAUCUCACGAGUGUAAUCUUUUUAGCUGACUCUCUUUCUCUGUAGAAUCUUUGAUCACUCUCUCUCUAAACAGUCAAAAAAGAGGCCAAAAAAACCCAAUCUUUUUAUCUUCAAUGGCCUCCUCAACUCCGCCAGCACACUGUACACUCACCACCACCAAACCCUACCAGAACCACCACCUCCAGCAUGCCCACAACCGCCAUCGCCACAACCCCACCUCCUCCCACCACCACCAGAGCUGGCGGCCCCCUCAGGUUUCUCUAAACAGCCAGGCCUCUCACGCCGCCGCCUGUCCGGGUCCUCCGCCGCCCGCCGUCGCGAGGCCCAGCUUUCCAUGUCUCUCCGAUUUCUCCGGCCGCCGCUCCACCAGGUGCGUGUCAAAGAUGCAUUUCGGCCGCCCUAGGUCAACCACCACCCGCCACUCCGCCGCCGCGGAGGAGGCCCUCCAGCUGGCCCUCAGCCGCGGCGGCGAGGUGAGUAAUAUUGAUAAUAUUCUAGUUGAUUUCCAACCGAAGCUACGCGCCUCCGAUGAUUAUACAUUUUUGUUGAGGGAAUUGGGGAAUAGAGGGGAUUGGGUGAAUGCAAUGCGAUGCUUUGACUUUGCGAUUAGUCUUGAAAAAAGAAGAAAUGAAAAGGGGAAACUAGCUAGCUCUAUGAUUAGCACUCUUGGUAGAUUAGGCAAAGCUGAUUUGGCCAAGAAAGUGUUUGAUGUUGCUGUGAAUGAGGGCUAUGGCAACACCGUUUAUGCCUAUUCCGCUCUCAUUAGCGCCUAUGCGAAGAGUGGGUAUUGCGAUGAGGCGAUAGGGGUGUUUAGGAGCAUGAAAGACUCAGGCUUGAAGCCGAAUUUAGUGACUUACAAUGCCUUGAUAGAUGCUUGUGGAAAAGGGGGGGCUGAUUACAAGAGGGCUUCGGAGAUAUUCAAUGAUAUGCUAGAAAACGGGGUUAUCCCGGAUAGGAUUACCUACAAUUCGCUUCUUGCAGUUUGUAGUGGUGCGGGGCUGUGGGAGGUCGCGAGGAGUUUGUUUGAUGAGAUGGUGCAUAGACGGAUUGAUCAAGAUAUUUACACAUAUAAUACAUUAUUGGAUGCGGCGUGCAGUGGGGGGCACAUUGAUGUGGCUUUUGAGAUAAUGGCGAAAAUGGCUGCAAAGAGUAUAUUCCCUAAUGAGGUCACAUAUAGCACUAUGAUCCGUGGAUGUGCCAAGGCGGGGAAAAUGGACCGGGCGCUGAAUUUGUUCAAUGAGAUGAAGUUUGCUGGUAUUAAGCUGGACCGGGUGUCUUACAACACGUUGUUGGCUAUUUAUGCGAGUCUUGGCAGAUUUGACGAGGCUUUUGCUGUUGGGAAGGAGAUGGAGAGCAUAGGGAUUAAGAAGGAUGUUGUCACGUACAAUGCCCUGUUGGAUGGAUUUGGGAAGCAGGGGAUGUAUGAUAAGGUUAAGGAGCUGUUUGCAGAGAUGAAAUGUGAGAAUCUGUAUCCUAACUUGCUAACAUACUCGGCUUUGAUAAGUGUUUAUUGUAAAGGGGGUUUGUACAAAGAGGCAACAGAGGCUUACACAGAAUUCAAACGACAAGGCCUCAAGGCGGAUGUUGUUUUCUACAGCAAACUGAUUGAUGCCUUGUGCAAGAAGGGGCUGGUGGAAUCGUCUGCAUUGUUGCUUGAUGAGAUGAUGAGGGAUGGGAUCCAACCUAAUGUUGUCACCUACAAUUCGAUCAUUAAUGCCUUUGGUCUGUCCGAAACUGUUGAUUGUGUAGAAGCUCAGUUUGAAUCCUCCAAUUCGCUAACUUAUACUGAUGAGAAGAUGGUUGUUAAGGAAGAUGACCGAAUCAUUGAAGUUUUUAAGCAAUUGGCUUGUGGUAAAUCGGGAAACCGGAAGCAUGAUCAGAGGGCAAGAAAGGACUUUCGGUGUGUUUUAGGUGUUUUUCGCAAGAUGCAUGAGAUGGAAAUAAAGCCAAAUGUUGUUACUUUCUCAGCAAUCCUUAAUGCUUGCAGCCGGUGUAACUCAUUUGAGGAAGCUUCGUUGCUGCUGGAGGAACUGCGCCUUUUUGACAAUCAAGUUUAUGGAGUGGCUUAUGGACUCCUAAUGGGUCAUAAUGAGCACACUUGGUCGCAAGCUUUAUCACUCUUUGAUGAGGUGAAGCGGAUGGAUUCCUCAACGGCUUCUGCUUUUUACAAUGCUUUGACCGACAUGCUGUGGCACUUUGGCCAGAAACGUGGCGCUCAGCUCGUCGUGCUUGAAGGGAAACGUCGAGAGGUUUGGGAGAACACCUGGACGCAGUCCUGCCUCGAUCUGCAUCUCAUGUCGUCAGGCGCUGCACGAGCAAUGGUCCAUGCCUGGUUGCUCAACAUACGCUCGACUGUGUUCGAAGGCCAUGAGCUGCCCAAGCUGCUAAGCAUACUAACUGGAUGGGGCAAGCACAGCAAGGUGGUGGGAGACGGGGCGCUCAAGCGCGCGAUUGAGGCGCUGCUGGUGAGCAUAGGGGCGCCGUUUGAGGUGGCCAAGUGCAACAUCGGGAGGUUCAUAUCAACGGGGGCGGUGGUGGGGGCGUGGCUGAGGGAGUCCGGCACGCUCAAGGUGCUGGUCCUUCAAGACGACAGAACUCUCCCACGCAGCAGCUCUACUUCUACGAGGUUUGAUCAUCUUCUUCCUAGCUUGCAACCUUUGCCAUUGUAGCAGUUUUUCAUGUAUGAAUGAAAAUUGUCCCACCAUUUUAAUUCGUCUGUAUUUUGUGUAACAUAAAUCCCCCUCUCUUUCUCUCUUAAUUUUGUAAUAUAUAUUCAACUUCAUUCAAAUAGUGGAGAGAGAAAGGUUGUGGCAUUGUGUUUAA